AGUCGUGUCCUUUUUAGACAAGCGUCAGCGUUGUGGGAUCCCUUCUCAAGUUUUUCAAUUCACACACCGACUGUCUGCUCCUGUUCAUUUGACGUGGACAUCAGCUUGAAGAGGGGCUCAGGGUUUCAUCUCGCAUCAGGACAAAUAAAGCAAAAUGCCUGGACCAGCAGCAAGUGCAACCAAUGUUGGGGCUUCUAGCCGUUCCCCAAGCAAGACAGUGGCUCCCCGUGCAGCUGGCUCUACAGUCAGACAGAGGAAAGCUACCAGUAGCGGGACACGCAGCGGAGGCAGGACCACAGGGUCCGCAGGCACCGGUGGCAUGUGGCGCUUCUACACAGAAGACUCGCCAGGCCUCAAAGUCGGCCCGGUGCCAGUGCUGGUGAUGAGUCUGCUCUUCAUCGCUUCUGUCUUCAUGCUGCACAUCUGGGGGAAGUACACCCGCUCUUAAAGUGCCUGAUGACCUCUGACUCUGCGCCUCGGCUUCUUAAAACAUUGGACCUGGACCAAACAACAACUGAACAACAACCUUACUCCCCUGGUUCUCUUCUGCACUACAACACAAGCCACACAACUUUUUUUUUAGUUAUGCGACUGUUUUAGUACAUAAUCUUCAUCUGCACUGAAGUUGGUAUCCACCUCGUUCCUUUUGCCCUUCCUGUGUUAUAACAUCUGGUGGGCUGAACAGGAGGAGGCCAUGCUAGCCUCACCUCAGCCAGUCUGUGUGUAUGUGGCCUUCCCUCCGAGCAGCAGCAGCAGCAGCGUGUUCCUUCACUGCUGCAUUAAGUUUCAGUGCAGAACUCAAAGGACAUUGUUGUUUUCAGGCCCCAGCAAAAACAUUUCCUCUUUUAGCCUGAAUUUUUUUUUGUUAACGGCAUUUGUACAAAUGUAAUUGUAAUAUUGUACAAUAAAAAAGUGAAAAUCAA